AUGAGCGAAACCGUUCCCUUGAGGCUGAGCGGACUUGAGGCAGGACUUGAGGAAGAGAAGGAUGCAACCGACGCUGACUCGCCACCACGCACCGUUUGGGGCGCGGGCCGGUUGGCGUUGUGGAUGGUUUGUGGUUUGGCCCUCCUUGGCUGCGCCUGGUGCCUCAACUCCCGAGCGCAUAUUGGUUUAGCAGUCAGCGCGGCACCAGAGUUCAUCGACGAGGCGUCCGCAGGCUACAAGUACAGUGUCGUGGUCGGCGACAAAGUCACAAAGACCUACUACUCACUCCAGUCCGCCAAGCAUGAGCUGAACUCAUUUCCUAAAGGUGCCAGCAAGCCGUCUCGCAUGAUCUGUGAGGUGAAGAAGGGAGUGGUGACCAAGAGCCCUUCGAAGAUUGGGCCCUCGCGCCAGAACCAGGCCGCUGGGGUGAAGGCCGGCUUCAACAAGUGGUGGUGGGACCAGGCUGACAUCGACCGCAUGGUGAAGGUUUGCGAAGCCGAUGACAAGAAUCCCACGGAUACCUAUAUGUAUCGUGUUGUGGUGGGCGACAAAGUCACAAAGACCUACUACACACUCCAGUCCGCCAAGCAUGAGCUGAACUCCUUUCCUAAAGGCGCCAGCAAGCCGUCUCGCAUGAUCUGCGAGGUGAAGAAGGGAGUGGUGACCAAGAGCCCUUCGAAGAUUGGGCCCUCGCGCGAAAACCAGGCCGCUGGGGUGAAGGCCGGCUUUAACAAGUGGUGGUGGGACCAGGCUGACAUCGACCGCAUGGUGAAGAUUUGCAACGCCAACACUAUGAAGUGA